CGAGAGAAUGUAGUUUUGCAUGGAGCUUGGAAAAACACAUGUGAGAUGUAGUUGAGCUAAGCUGUCGGGUUGCCUCACCGGCUGUCUCGCCGCGUACGACUGCUCAACGUGGGCCCGCGAAGGUCUCACGGCCUCGUUCUGGGGAGUGUCAGUGGCCCCAUCGCAGGAAGAUUCGUAAAAACAGCAGUUGAUCUGAACAACAAGCGCCGCCUGAAUAAUGGGUGAACUAAGAGAGAAGAUGAGGGCCAUAUCCCAGACGAUCUGCCCGAGAGGCCGAGUUCCAUCCGACGAGGGUAUAAAAGCUCCAAAAGAGGGCAAAAUGCAGAUGAAGAGAGAAAUUUCCCUCAUGAACGGGGUCUGCCUCAUCGUGGGCAACAUGAUCGGCUCUGGGAUCUUCGUCUCCCCGAAGGGAGUCCUUAUGCACAGCACCUCGUUUGGACUCUCCUUGGUCAUCUGGGCUCUCGGGGGGAUCUUCUCGGCGUUCGGGGCCUUGUGCUACGCCGAGCUGGGCACCACCAUUACCAAGUCUGGAGCCAGCUACGCUUACAUCCUGGAGUCGUUCGGUGGCUUUCUGGCCUUCAUCCGCCUGUGGACGUCCAUCUUUCUGAUGGAGCCAGCGAGCCAAGCUGUCAUUUCGCUGACCUUCGCUAACUAUCUGGUGCAGGCUUAUUAUCCAACCUGCAGUCCUCCAUACAAUGCCGUACGGCUCAUUGCAGCAGCCUGCCUAUGCAUGAUCAUCUUCAUCAAUUGCGCCUACGUGAAGUGGGGGACGAUGGUGCAGGACAUCUUCACAUACGCUAAAUUGUCAGCCCUCGUCCUCAUCAUAAUGGUCGGGAUCCUGAAGUUGUCCACCGGUGAGACAAAAAGCUUUGAAAGUCCAUUUGAGGGUUCCACCACGGAUCCUGGAGACAUCGCUUUGGCCUUAUACGCAGCGUUGUUCUCAUACUCUGGCUGGGACACACUCAACUUUGUCACAGAGGAGAUUCAGAAUCCAGAGAGGAAUCUCCCCCUGGCCAUUGCCAUCUCCAUGCCCAUCGUGACAAUCAUUUAUGUGAUGACCAAUGUGGCCUACUAUGUGGUUCUGGACAUGCCCUCUUUGCUGGCCAGUGACGCUGUCGCUGUGACUUUUGGGAAUGAAGUUUUGGGACCGUUCAAAUGGAUCAUCCCUGUUUCCGUGGCCAUGUCCUGCUAUGGAGGGCUAAAUGCAUCCAUUAUUGCUGCUUCAAGGUUGUACUUUGUGGGCGCUCGAGAGGGUCACCUCCCUGACACCCUUAGCCUGAUCCAUUUGAAGCGCUACACACCCAUCCCUGCAGUGUUGUUUAAUGGCUUGAUGGGCCUCAUUUUUCUAUGCGUGGAGGAUGUGUUUCAGCUCAUCAACUAUUUCAGUUUUAGCUACUGGCUCUAUGUGGGCUUGUCUGUGGCCGGCCUCAUCCAUCUGCGCUUCACCCAGCCCGACAGGCCCAGACCCGUGAAGCUGACCUUGUUCUUCCCUUUCAUCUACUGCCUGUGCAGCCUGUUCUUAGUCAUUGUCCCUCUCUAUGGAGACACCAUCAACUCUCUCAUAGGCAUUGCCAUCGCCCUCUCCGGCGUGCCCGUUUAUUACGUGGCCAUCCACCUGCCCGAGGAGAGGAGGCCAAAAUUCUUGCGGCCGCUCAACAUGUUUGCUACCAGAAACACCCAAAAGCUACUCUACUGUUGCUUGACGCAACCCGACGGUAAAAGACAGUGAGCUGUGGACAAACAUCGGCGUGAGGCCGCCCACCGUUCUCAAAGGAAGGAGCUGAUGUUGCGUCUCACCGCGAGCAGUGAGAAACGACCCCCGCACGUGUCUGUGAACAUGUCACACGGCGGGUCAAGUUUAAAAAAAGGCCUGCGGUAUCAAAUGACUGCUGAGGGCGCUGGCCUUGAAAAGCAAUAUGCACUACUCGCAAAAAGUUGGCCGACAUGGAACAAGACCCCUUGCACAACCGCCCCCCUACAAAAAUCCACAAGUAGUUGACGCCCACCCAUUAAG